AUGACAAUGGCACCCCACAUUCAGACGGAGCAGCUUCACCCCGUUUUCGGGGCUUCGGUGUCGGGAGUAGAUUUCUCCAAGCCGGUCUCUGAAGAAGUGCAACUAGAGAUUCAGAAAGCCCUGCAUCAGUAUGGGGUUCUUGUGUUUCGGGACACGGCACUUGACGACCAGAAGCAUGUCGAUUUUGCCAAAAUGUUUGGUGCUAUCGACAAGUUGAACAUUCCGCCUGGCAGCGGCAUCAAAGCCCGUUUCGAGACGGAUGAGUUGCAGGAUCAAGGAAAUCUGGGCUUGGACGGUACGGUUCUUCCUGAGGAGUCUCCAAAGGCACACUUCAACAAGGGCAAUUUGCUGUUUCACGUAGACAAUAGCUAUCACCCCCAGCGGGUGAAAUACUCCAUGCUUCGCGCCGUCGACCUCCCUCCCCAAGGGAUGGGCGGGAACACCGAGUUCGUCGAUGUGCGCCAGGCGUGGGACGACUUACCGGAGCCGUGGAAGCAGGAGCUCCAAGCAAACGGGUAUCGAGUGAGGCACUCCAUGUGGCACUCCCGCAAGCUCGCCUCGCCCGAUUUCUUUGCGCGGCUCGAUGCCACAAACUACCCGUCCUCUCUCCGAAACCUGGUCCAGGAGCACCCCGACACCGGGCGAGCCCUCCUGUACCUUGCCUCGCACUGCUUCGAGAUCGAGGGCUUGUCGGCGGCCGAGUCCAAAGAAAAGCUCGACUUCCUGAUGAGCCACGCCACACAGGAAAAGCGUAUUCUCUCCCUUCCCUGGCUCAACAAAGGCGACAUGAUGGUCUGGGAUAACCGUUGCGUGAUGCACCGUGGGCAGCCUCUUGCAGGACCUUACAAGCGAGACUUGCGUCGGGCUACGAUUCUCGACGAGGGCCCGGAGGCGUACAGUUUCGACGCAAAGGACUAUGAUUACAUGAAGUUUUGGUCCGCCGCUUUCCAUGUCAUGCAGCAGUAUGACACUGGAGUCCAGGAGGCGGCAAAGAAGCAGCUUGGUCUUGCGGGAAAGGACGUCGCCGGCCUGGAGAAGGCCAUACCUACAGUGUAG